CCCAUUAGCUCUACCUACCACCAGUGCCCCUUCUUCAUAUUUAUUUUUCUUUCCACACUCUUUCUCUCAACUUCAAUUUUUUGAAGCUUCAAUAUGAUCUCCAUAGCUAAUUCUCUUGAGCAAGUUCAAAAACCUGAGCUUUCUCCUUCUACCAAUUCUAAUAAUAAUGAGAAAACUCAUGUUUUCAAGUCUAAACUUCCUGAUAUUCCCAUCAAUAAUCAUCUCCCUCUCCACACUUAUUGCUUCGAAAACCUCUCCACUUUCGCCGAUAACCCUUGUUUGAUCGCCGGUUCCACUGGCAAAUCUUACUCGUUUGCUGAAACUCACCUUAUUUGUCGAAGAACUGCUGCCGGUUUAGCUGGUUUAGGCAUAAAAAAGGGCGAUGUCAUCAUGAUUCUUCUCCAAAACUGUGCCGAAUUCGUCUUCUCGUUCAUGGGAGCUUCUAUGAUCGGCGCUGUCACCACCACGGCGAACCCCUUCUACACUUCUCCUGAAAUCUUUAAGCAAUUCAAGGGUUCUCAAGCUAAAAUCAUCAUCACACAAUCGCAAUACGUCGACAAGCUUCGAGACUCGAACGAAAAGUUUCCGGAAAUAGGCGAAGAUUUUACAGUGAUCACAGUGGAUGACCCGCCGGAAAAUUGCCUACAUUUCAGUGCAUUAUCGGAGGCGAAUGAGAACCAAAUCCCUCAAGUUUCAAUCGACCCCGAUGAUGCUGUAGCUUUACCAUUUUCUUCCGGCACAACAGGACUCCCCAAAGGAGUCAUUUUAACGCACAAGAGUUUGAUCACAAGCGUCGCGCAACAAGUGGACGGCGAGAACCCAAAUUUAUUCUUGAAAGGCGACGAUGUGGUGCUCUGUGUGCUGCCAUUGUUCCAUAUUUAUUCGUUAAACAGUGUCCUUUUGUGUUCGCUGAGAGCCGGCUCCGCAGUUUUGUUGAUGCAGAAGUUUGAGAUAAGAGCACUGUUGGAGUUGAUACAAAAGCACAAGGUGUCGGUGGCGGCGGUGGUGCCGCCACUGGUGCUGGCACUGGCGAAGAAUCCGAUGGUGGCGGAGUUCGACCUAAGCUCAAUAAGGGUGGUGCUUUCGGGGGCGGCACCGCUAGGAAAGGAGCUGGAAGGGGCGCUCCGGAGUAGAGUUCCGCAAGCAAUUUUGGGACAGGGGUAUGGAAUGACGGAGGCGGGACCAGUGUUAUCAAUGUGCCUUGCGUUUGCAAAACAGCCGUUCCCAACCAAAUCAGGGUCGUGUGGGACUGUGGUUAGAAAUGCAGAUCUCAAGGUUAUUGACCCUGACUCUGGUUCCCCUCUUCCCCGCAAUCAACCCGGCGAAAUUUGCAUCCGAGGUUCUCAAAUUAUGCAAGGAUAUUUGAAUGAUCCUGAGGCCACGGCUACAACUAUAGACAUUGAGGGUUGGCUUCACACCGGAGAUAUAGGUUUCGUUGACGAUGACGAUGAAAUUUUCAUUGUUGAUAGAGUGAAAGAAAUUAUCAAAUUCAAAGGCUUCCAGGUGCCCCCAGCUGAGCUUGAGGCUCUUCUUAUAAAUCAUUCAUGUAUUGCAGAUGCGGCUGUUGUACCGCAAAAAGAUGAAGUAGCAGGAGAAGUUCCAGUGGCAUUUGUGGUUAGAACAAAAGGCCUUGAACUCUCUGAAGAAGCAGUAAAAGAAUACGUAGCAAAUCAGGUAGUGUUUUACAAGAGAUUGCACAAGGUGUACUUUGUUCAUGCAAUUCCAAAGUCUCCUUCUGGAAAGAUUUUGAGAAAAGAUCUAAGAGCCAAGUUGGCCACUCCACCUUCUUCUUUGCCCUAGUUUCAUUUUCUUUUCAUAUUAUAUUAUUCACAAUCUUCUUCUUUUUAAUCUUUUGUUCUUGGUUUUUAUUUUCCCUUUGUUUUCUCGUCAUGUAAUUUUAUUAAUAGUUGCCAAAAUUUCUUGUAAUAAUGUGAACUCUAUUAAGUUCUAUUAUUCUUUGAAUUGCUUUUAUUGUUAGAAUCACGUCGUUUAUUUUGUAAUCGUUAUUCUUUGAGUACGUCUGAAUCUUGUGAAAGAGAAUGACCUUCUAGCUUUUAAGGUGGAUGGUUUCUUUA